AUGACCAACAUCAAAUACAAGUCCGGUAACGCUGCUGAGGGUGUCAAGGACCACUGCAAUAAAACUGUUGACAUUUAUGAAGACAUUUCUUCGCCUGAAGUAACAAACCUAAAUCGAAAUCGACCUCUCACAUGUUGGUAUCGGUUUCGAAGCUUCCGAGGGGCACCUCGUGACUGGGUACUUCGGUUAAACUUCAAAAAAUUUAAAGUUGGAAGUCUCAUCAAUGCGACACAUUGUGAUGGUGGUUACCUGCAGAUAGUUGAUGGCAAUGCCAAAACCGAUGUUUCAAAUCGUCGGGAACCAGGACAAUUCUGCGGUGAAUCAGAACAGCCUCAAACGUUUAUCAGUGAAACAAGUGCCGUCAAAAUAGUCUUUCAUACCGAUAACUUUACAGAUCAGACGUAUUUUGCAUUCGACUCUGGCGCCGAACAGCAAAUGGAAGUUUUCAACCGAUAUGGUCCACAUCCGGAGCUUUAUCCAAAUCGCCGUGGGGAAGUUGUGCAAGGAUCGUACUGUGAACGCGAGUUUCGCGACUGUCGAUUGCAGACGUGCUACGUUCAAUCACCGGCAUACCCAGGCAUAUAUCCACGAGCGUUGAAGUGUCGAUAUCGGUUGCAUACGAGGCUUCCCUUUAUUAAACUAUACAUUCAAAAUGAACAAUUCGCGGUGGAUGGUCAAAGGUGCGAAAACAUCAUGACAUGUCCGAUGAAGGAAAUAGGAUCCGGAUCAGAGCAUUGUCCUUAUGAUUGGUUAGCAGUGUAUGACGGACGCGAUGAACAUGCACCUCCAAUAGGAAAAUUUUGUGGAAUGGGCAAAUUUCCCUUUAGUAUCAUUGGAACUUCUCAGCAUAUGUACGUCGAGUUUGUUUCGUCACCUGCAGGACCACUUUUAAACACCGGUUUUCAUUUCAAUGUCGGAAAUUGGCCUGGACAUGUGGAAACAGUAGGCACGAAACAUGGUGCCUGCGACUGGAUGCUUAGCUCAGAUGCCCUACGUGCCACCAGUGCCUCUGAAGGUAUUUUCCUUAGUGUUGCUCACUGGUAUCCUCCGAACACUUCCUGUAGUUAUCACAUACAGGGAAAUGAAGAUGAAGUUGUGCGACUUUAUUUUCCAAGUUUUCGGAUCAAUCGUAUUGAAGCACCCAUCAUCAAACACGAGGAAGACUGUGCUGAAUCGCUCACCAUUUAUGAUUCAAACAAUCCAGAUCCGGCGCGUAUUAUAAAGACAUUUUGCGAUACAUUCUCGAGACCUAUGGAGAAGAUCGAUUUUGUCAGUACCGGUCGUUCGUUGUACGUGAAGUUCCUUAGCAAGACCGGUUCGUACAGUGGCAGCUCGCUAUAUUAUUGGGCACAUUACGAUUUUUUCAAUAACACCAAGUUUGGUGAUGCAGUUCCGAAUACAUUGUGUGAUGAAGUAUUCUACGCCUGGAAGUAUAAUCGUGGUGAAUUGAAAUCACCGAGGAAUACACUCAUAUACAAGCGUGCCUCAGGAAGCGAUGUACGCUGUCAGUACAAGUUUAUCACGGAUCGGCGCCUGUUUUCUCGUGUUGUGGUUGAAGUAACUUCAGUGACAUUCAAAGAAGUUCCCUACUCUAUGAACGCUUGUACAAGAUGUCAUGAGGAACGUGUCGAUAAACUGAUUUUGUGGGAAGAACGCGACAAAAGCCAAAACAGAUUGGCUUGCUUCUGUGACAACAUUCCUCGACCGGUUCGGAUCAUAUCUUCCGGAGACCAAAUGAACCUGGAGCUUAUUAUUCAGGGACAGCAUGCUACGACGAGCUACUUCAAAAAUCCGAAUACUCUUUUUGAAGCCAACUAUGAGUUUGCUCAUGGACCGAUCUGUGGACCUAUAACGCUUGGUCCUUCGCCAGAUGGAGAAUUAGUGUUCCCUUAUAAAAAUGCAUUAGGGUUCCAACUAACAGAAAAUCGAAAAGAAAAGUGCAUCUGGGAACUUAAAGUUGCGGCACAGCGUGACUUAUGGUUGCACCUAGAUAAGGCUCGGUUCGCCGAACGCAGCUGCGAACAUGGACGAAUUGAAGUGUACCUAGCAGGACGGCUGGAGCCACGCUUUAUCAUCUGCCCGGAAAACGUCAGCCUGGCUCGAGAUUUACCAAUAUUGUCCGCAGCGGAGUUGGGAGCAGUUGAGAAUGAAAAUGAACCACUACCAGUGUUAAUUCAGUACACAGGGGACAGCGCCAUCGGAAAGAACGCAUUCAAAUUCGUCUGGACUGAACUGUUUCAUCUACCUCGCAAUGCUGAUGGAACGCUCGCCACCUCAGCCAUGUUCAAAGACAGUUGCGAUUUCUAUUGUCCAGGUGAUCAGCAUGUUUGUAUCCCAGAGUAUCUAUUGUGCAAUGGUGUGCUCAACUGUCCAAAUGUAACUGGGUUACGAGUAGUUGAAAGCAACAUAGAUAAAAACUACGAGUACAUCGAAGAGAAUUAUCUGCGGACUGGCCUAUUCGACAAAGAAUUCAUGCUGAACAUCGAGUACCUGACCGAUGAAUCACCGGAGCUCUGCCGAACAAAAUAUAUCCCUGGUAGCAAUCCCGGAAAAGUCGAAAUGCCGGACGUGGUAGAGUGCCUCCAAUUUCCGAUCUUGCAGAUGAUCGUCGCAGGUGUCAUUGUCAGCACUUUAAUCAUUCUUGCAUUUGUCAUAUAUUGCCGAUUGUACGGCCAAAAGUAUUACGAAUGA